UGUCCAAAGCGAAUGCAGAGUCAUAUGUCUUCAGAGCUCAACUAUAACAAGCUUUAAAAUUGUGAAUGUAGAUUGCGUCAUUCUGAGAAAACAGAGAGAACGGGGAACCCUCGUCCUGUGUUCAUUGUGGAUAAACCCUUGGCCAGUGUUUGGCGUGCAUUCGAUUUGGACGCUUCCAUAUUUAUUUGAACAGAUAAAAUCAGAGAAAACGUGUUUUCCUUAGAGGUGCUCUUUAGAACAAUCUAUGGUACUUUACUUUCUGGUGAUAGGCAGUGCCAAGAUAUCCAUAUGUUGCGAUUUUCAGUGGAUAAUCUCUUUCAAAAGGAUAAUAAUAUUCACUGUGAUUUGUAGACAGUAGGCAUUAAUAAGAACAUUUUGGUAGUUCUAACUGGUGAUCGUCAUUGCUUGCCUUACGCGGCCCCUCUUCUGCAUAUUCAAUAUUGAAUAUACAUUAGAUUUCCAUGCAUGCUGUUAUGUAUGUAUAGUGUCCGCAUGCUUUGUGUGUUAAAAGGGAUAAAGAAUCUCCAGAACAAGCUAUUCAAACAAGAGCACUGAAUAUGCAUCCUUUCUAAUAAAGGAACUGCAGUAUUCGAUUUCGUAUGCAGCAUACGUUUUGACAGGACCCGUCAUAGGUCACGUGGUGGAUACAGAACGUCUACAACUAGUGAGCCCAGCCAAUCACGCGGCCAGAAAGAAUCCCACGCUGCAUAGCAACCAAUGAAAUCUUUGACACCGAGAGAGCAGCCAUGAUCCUGGUUCCUGUGGGGCGUGGGCAGGUUCAGUACGCUCGACCAGUGGUAAAUUACGUCUUAACAGUGCGUACAAGCGAUGCUGAACAGCCCUACAUAAUGAUUGAAGCAUUCUACGAAAACCCCCAUUCAAACUAGAUCCAGCCUGUGCGACUGUCAGAUGUUUAAAACCAGACGUUAUUUGCAUCAAGCCUGUACCAUUAUGGUCUAAUUGGAUUCACUUAUCCUUCAGUGGUAUUUUUUCGGGUUUUUGUGGGCUGCAAUAAAUUUCCCUGUCGUUCAUUUUGCACUCCCAUUGUACAGCGAGAAACACGCGCGACGUGACACGGCCAUCGCAGCUCGUAUCCCGUCAAGACUAAUUGACUGUGUAACAAGAGUACGGGGACGACUCAAAUUCACGCCCCGUGCUUCCGUUUUUCACAUCAUCAUCCAUAUUAUUGUCCAUAACUCACGCAAGCUGCUAAUAAAAAGACUGGAUUCGGACAACCUGAGCACUUCUCGUUUCGGUCGCAUCGACAAGCGGACUGACAAAUUGUUUAGCUGCUAGAAAAGGACGACCACUCCACCGAGCAGUAAUAUUUGGGCUGGCGAUCUCCGGUGCGCUCUCUCCCUAAAGAUCGCGCGCACUUUGUUGAGUGGACGAAGGGGAAGAGAUCACUCUCUCAGCGUCGAAGAACAUCUUGCAACCGGCUGUUGGCCCUAUCAAAGUGGUGAGCGUUUAUGUGUUUUGGCAUCUAUAUCGCUAUUUCCACCAGUCGUGCGUGAAACUUCUACCGAACUUGACGAUUCGGAGCAGCCAAAUUAAGAUUCAACGAUUUCGGAGCGACUGAGUUUAUCUACCCGUCAUGGCUUCCCGGGCCCCUUUGCCCUUUGACGACCUGCUAGAGAGGUUCGACGGAAUCCCUAACGGGACCGUCAACAGCACUGGAUCCCCCAGGCAAUGUUAUGAUCCCGAGAAUAACUUAGUCAGCGGUUGGAUCAUUAUACUUGUUCUCUACAUCGCCGUUGUCAUAUUGUCGUUGCUGGGGAACUCUGUCGUUUGCUUUUCGGUGAUGUGUAACCCACGCAUGCGCAGUGUCACCAACCUCUUCCUAGCCAAUCAGGCGCUGUCGGAUAUAUUCAUGACCAUUUUGAAUAUCCCAUUCAUUGCGUAUUUCCAUAUGACACGCGACUGGCCCUUCGGCGAAGUCAUGUGCCACCUGGUCGAGUUCAUGAAGAUGACGUCCGUCUACGUGUCCACUCUCAUGCUGACUGCGAUCGCUUUGGACCGGCAUCAGUUCAUCAUGCACCCCCACCGGCCCCGUAUCAGUAAGCGGACCGUCGUGUUAGUGUCUUCCGUGAUCUGGGCCAUAUCGCUGUUACUUGCCUGCCCAUACAGCAAACUCGAGGUAGACUUAAGUAGCCACCAGUGUGACAAAAUUUGCAUCGUCCCCCUUAACGCCCAGGACUUUUGGAAGUACCUGACCAUCGCGACGUUUGUCUUGCAGCUGCUGAUCCCGCUGACGUUGAUGUCUGUCGUGUACUUUCGCCUGUACAUGAUGUUAAGGUCCCGUGGAAGCGUUGGCAACGUAAACGCUCGGCUGCCGCGGACCAACAGACGGGCCAGCAAGCAGCGCACCACGGUUAAGCUCGUGCUGUUUGUGGCCACGUUCACCCUGUGCUGGUGUCCUAUCAACGUGUACCUCCUUGUCACCAAUUUCAACCAAUCCCUUCGAAACAGCGCGUUGUACAUGUGCCUUCACUGGUUCGCGGUCUGCAGUGUCUGCCUCAACCCGAUCGCCUUCGCGUUCCUCAACAAAAACUUCCGUCGAGGACUGCAGAUGUUCUGUUGCUCAUCUAGGAAUAACGCUAAUCAAACAAUUUCCACGGACUUUUCAAAGUAAACGCAGACAUAAAGGACGAUCGUUGUCACUGCCGUCGUUAGUUUCUUUACCGUUGAGUGUUAUCACCGUCUUAUGUCAUGAUCAUCCUCGUCACCGUC